AUGGACUUUCCUAAACUGUUGAAUGAACUUCUUUCAACUUCGUUCUCAACAAGUGUUGUUUUUGGUGGCUUUCGAAGAGCCGGUGUUUGGCCACUCAAUGAAGAAGCAAUGAAAAGCAAGAUUGUUCAUCGACAUUUAUCAGUAUACAGUAAUUCCACCACAUCUAGUUUAUCAAUAACAAAAAUUUUAUCAUCAUUAAUAAGUGAAAUAAGAACAUCUCGUGUAGUUGGUGGUAGUAGUAAUACAUCUGUUUCAGCUUCCGUUGAUAAUCAGUGA